AUGUCAAAAGAAAAACAAGAGUUGGAACAAAUCAUUGGCAAAGGAAAACCAGUUCAAGAUUCAUAUAUUGCUAAGCUUCCUUAUUUACAAGCAAUAAUAAAAGAGACAUUUAGAUUACACCCUGCUGUUCCAUUUUUAGUCCCUCGUAAAGCUGAUGCAAAUGUGGAAAUUGAGAGAUUCUUAGGCUCUAAAAUUGAUGCUAUAGGUCACAAUUUCGAGCUUUUACCAUUUGGUUCUGGAAGAAGAAUUUGUCCUGAUAUAUCGUUAGCUACAAAGAUGUUACCUUUGAUGUUAGGUUCAUUUAUCAAUUGUUUUAACUGGAAACUAGAAGAUGGAACAAAAGUAGAAGAUAUGGACAUGGAUGACAAGUUUGGACUAUCAUUAGAGAAGUCUCAGAAGCUAAGAAUUGUUCUAGAAAAGGUAUACAACUAG